UUAACAGCGGGUUUAAUCUUCUUGACGGUGCAGCGGCUGCAUAGUCACGAACUGUCGCAAGGGGAGGGUUGCGACUAUACUGGCCGAACUUUUCGAGUCCACCAGAAAUUUACGAUGUUAUUAUUGGUGGAAGUUCAUUUGCGCGACUUUGUUAGUUGUUCGAUUUGACAGCUGACUGGCUGAAGCUGUCAGUUUUUCGCAAGAUCCGAGGCAAUCUUUUUCCAGCCUCGGAUCUUCUCGCUAAACCCUCGGGUCUAACAGUCACUGCGGAAUCCUCCCUCACACACACACCCCACAGUCAGAGGUGCCGUCUAGAUCUUGACUCUGCACUGCAUGGCACAAAGGAGUCCACGUUUCGCUGACGGCGGGCGCCUGACUGACCAUGUGGACGUUCUUCUGUAGGUUCCAGCGAGGUGCGAUGGGAUGUGGGGACAUUGGUCCGCUACUCGCAUACCACGCCCGGCGCGCGCCACGAGCGGAGGAGUGGCGUUCACCAGGUGACUGGCUUCUCUGUCCUUGGCGAAAACUUCCAAGGCUACUCCAGCAGUCCCACCGCGUUGUUUUACCCUCCAGCAGUCUCACCGAGACGUCUCACUACUCGAAUAUUAUCACGCGGCUACCUAGGCUACUGGCAGAGUAGUGCUCUAACAGUCACUACACCGCGCUGCGUUGCUCUCCGGACUAGACACUGACAUUGGAAAGUCAGAUUUCAGGUUGAAACCCUCGGAGCUUCCGCUCUAGGGCGAAACGACAUUUCGUGAUCUGACAUUUGACGAAAUCUGACCAACGUUGGAUAGCAUCUGAAAACGUCCGACAAAUUUUCACUGACAUCAGACAACAUCUGACGGGAUUUCACUGACAUCUGAUAACAUCUGGCACCUGACUAGCCUUUGACAACAGGUGACAGCAUCACAUAAUCUGACGACAUCUGACUCUUUUGUUUAGUUAACAUUGUUGUACAAAAUGUGAGUGUGCAAACUCAUACAUUAGACCUAGUCUUAUCAUGUUUUGAGGAAUUUCCAAAGCGCGGGUGCAUAGUCUCUACCUCUCCUUUGGCGAUGACGACGCAACUUUCGUCGUGUGCAAGAACCGUCAGUUUGGGAGCCGCCAGGAGGAGCCCUCUCGGUUUUGCUCGGUUCAAAAAGUUGAGACAGAGCACGAGUGCGACGCAGAGUACGGGUGCACGGAGACAGCAUGUGACUUCGGAGACGUCUCAGAAAACGGGGCCACGGAUUCAGCGUAUGACGGAGGCAUGGAGACAGCAUGUGACUCCUGAGACGCCUCAAAAGGCGAGGCCAUGGCGGCAGCAUGUGGUCACAUUGUGCCUCGUGCUCGUCCUCGCCAUCUCGCUCCCUUCCCCGCUCCUUGCAUCCGCCUCCCCUCUCGCCCCGUAUCUCGACGUCUCCUUCUCUGACGCCCUCUGUGGCUCCUGGGCGUCUGACUACUCCGCCCUGCACUCCCGCAUCCGCCAGGCUGCCCGCGCUAACGCCCCCAUCCUCACACAAACUGCUGCUGCUGCCGCUAAUGCUGCUGCUGCUGCAGAAGCUGCAGCCACCGCAGCGGCUGCAGCCGCAGCACCACAACCACCACCGCCGCCGCCGCUGCCGCCACCACCCCCACCACCAUCACCACCACCACCGCCGCCACCGCAACCGCCAUCACCACCACCACCAUCACCCCCCCCACCACCACCACCCCCACCGCCGCCAAACCCUCCGUUCUCCCCCCCUCCUCCCCCCCCCCCGCCUCCUCCAUUCCCCCCUCCUCCAUCCCCCCCUCCGCCCUCUCCCCCUCCUCCCUCCCCUCCCCCUCCCUCUCCCCCACCCCCAUCCCCCCCUCCCCCGUCCCCUCCUCCCCCAAUCUCCUACCCCCAGCCCCCCCUUGACCCCUCUAUACGCUUCCUCACCUACGAGUGGUUAGACGAACCAGGGGGCCUAGGGGACUAUCUCACCGGUCUCGCCACCACGUUUGCCUGCGCGCUUCUCACGCGCCGAGCCUUCAUUGUCCGACACCCGUUCCUGCCGCUCGCAUUCGCGCCGAACCUCGUCGAUUGGUCCUUCUCUCCGGACGUACCCGUGGAGCCGGCUCGGAGGAUCCCAGUGAGGAAAGGAGUGCUGGAAGGGGGGUGGGGAGGAGGGGGAGGUGAGGGGAGGAGCGUGGGGGAGGAGGGGAGCACAAGAAGGGAGGUGGUGCAGGAAGGGGAGGUGGUGGUGGUGGAUCUGAGAAACCAGUUUGUGGAGCCGGAAGACUUCUUUGGGCUCUUAGAUAAGGCGAUGAACGUGAGAGUGACAUGGAACAGAGGCCUUCUCACGUACUGGCUCGCACAGGCUGUUGGGAAGAAAUGGAGUGAGCACCUAAAGGGCAUGGGCAUGCGACCACCCUACGCCUUUGGCUGCAUCCUCCGCUUCCUUCUCACGCCGCAACCCGAGGUCAUUUCAAAGGUCGAGGACAUGUACCACCGCUUGUUCUCGCCUUUCUCCUCCUUCCCUCCGUCCCCAUUUCCCCUGGGGGGUCCCAUGUUUUCCUACGGGCUCUCAAGCGCCCCCCACGGCUCCUCGAGCCAUGGUAGGGUGGCGGCGAUGGGGAUCCACAUUAGAGCCAACGACACGUUUGUGUGGCAGGGGCGGUGGGGGUUUGGAGAGCCCAAGGUGCUGAACGACACUGAGAGGAGCAUGCUCAUGGCGUGGGCUGAAGACUACCUCGCAUGUGCAGAGAAACUGGAGGCAUGGUGGAUGCCCCCUCCGACCACGGUUCGCUGGCUCGUCAUCAGCAACUCUCAGGAUCUCAAGACAGCUCUCAGGCUCAAAUAUCCUCACAAGGUGGUUGUCUCGGACAUUGUCCCACUACAUGCCAACACGCUAACAUCCUUCCCAAAUCCGCCAACCGCUGAUAAUGAUCCUGCAUUGUCCACUGCUGCAGCACAGGCUACUCACGAUAGAGGAGCUUCUGCAUACAUAAAUAUUGUCGCAGAAUGGCUCCUUCUAGCAUCUACUGAUGCUCUGGUUUUGUCGAAGUCUGGAUUUUCUAAUACUGCAGCGUUCUUCUCAUAUCGCCUAACUGCUGUUCAUGUCCCAAGUCAAUGCAACCCUGAGGCCCCUGUGGAAACGCGUAGUUUAGGACGAAUUUGGAGCGGAGUCUGAUGCCCCAUAACCUACUGCACCUUGUGGAUUUGGAUUGUGUUGUUGCGCAUCCUUUUACCCAUACCAAGGCUACUCUUGCUUUUGCUCACUGUUCGUCAUUCCAGCG